AUGAGUUUAGAGUCGUUGUUUCAGCACAUUAUCUUCUCGGAGCAUCAGGCCGAGGAGAGUCGCCGCGUGAUCCGAGGAGUAAGGUCGGAGAUAAACAGAUGUCGUGAAGAUGUGAAGAAAGCAACCAAGGAGCUGAAUGAAGAGAAAACCAAGUUGGAAUCUAAGGUUCAGCAGUUUUCUGAAAAAGCCUUCCUCUUACAGCUUUGGAAAAUUCAUGAAAAUGCCUUAGAAAGACAAUGUAGUGAAAUUACAAACCAGAGGAAUAUGCUUCUCCAAACCUUUGGGGCUACAAAGAAAAGAAUGACAGAGGAGGAAGAAAAAUUUAUUAAGGAAAUUACAGACUUCAAUAAUGAGUAUGAAGUAACAAAGAAAAGAAAGCUUUUGAUAAAAGAAAAUGUCAAGAUUGAAAUAUCUGACUUAGAAAACCAGGCGAACAUUUUGAAGAGGGAAAUGAAGUCAAUGGAACAUGAUAGUGGCCAGUUAAGUGAACUUCAAAAACAAAAGAGUGAAUUAGUACAAGAAUUACUUACUGUGCAGAGAAAACUUAAAGUUUUUGAAGAUAAAAAGAAUGAAGCCAUUUGUACUACCAAAUACCUAGAGGCAGAAAAAGUAAAAAUCAGUGAAAAGCCUCAAAAUGAUGCUGAAUGCUUAAGACUUAAAAAAGAAUUAGAACUUUAUAAGGAAGAUGACAUACAAAGUGCUUGUGAAGCUCUCCAAACAGAAAUAGAAGUUUUGGAGUUGACAUUGGCACAGAAAGAUCUUCAGGAAAACAAAUAACUUGUGGAGAGUUGACCAAAGCUAUCCAAGGUUUGAUGAAAGUAUCUUAGAAUCAAAUCUUUGUGAUAGAUACACGAACGAUACCCAUUACAACAGAUUUUUGUGGAAAAUGUGAAGUCCAGAAUGUUCAAAGUUGUUAUCUAGAAUUGGUAUAUUAGCACUUUAAAAAUGUCAUUUUUUUCUCUUGUUACUUGCUGGAACUUUAAAGCUCCUUAUGGUGUUUGAUUUUGUUUCUAAAGGAAGAAGAAAGGACAGGUAGAUACUGUGUUUUCCGGCUUCUUAUCUCCCCUGACCCUUAAGCUGAUCUGUACUUUCUGAUGUUCAUUUUUUGUUGCAGUUUAUCUUGGGUCCAGUCAAACCCUGGGAGAGAGAAAUGAUCAGA